GCAGAAGUGUCUGCAGGGAAGAGGCAGGCAGGUCUAUCGAGAUACCUCAAAAAGUGUCCGCUCGCUCCUCUCUGUAGCUAAGGAGCCUGCAGUGACGACAACAUGGGUCGCAAAGAAAUAACUUGCAGUUGGAAGAAAGUCACCAACAACAUCAGAGAUGUGUUCGAAUUCAAACAAGCGCUGGGAUCGGGUUCGUUCUCCGAGGUGUAUUUGGUGCGAGAGAAGAAGACAGGAAACCUGUACGCCCUGAAGUGUCUGAAGAAAAAACACCUCAGCUGUAGCAACCUAGAGAACGAGAUCACUGUGCUGAAGAAGAUAAGACAUGACAAUGUGAUUGGACUGGAAGAUUUCUAUGAGACUCAGACACACUAUUACCUCGUCAUGCAGCUGGUGUCUGGUGGAGAGCUGUUUGACCGUAUCAUAGAUCGGGGGGUGUACACAGAGAAGGACGCCAGCCAGCUGGUCCGCCAAGUACUGCAAGCAGUCAACUACCUUCACGAGAACAGCAUAGUGCACAGGGACCUCAAGCCAGAGAACCUGCUAUACUUCGACUCAGACGAGAACUCCAAGAUCAUGAUCAGUGACUUCGGCCUGUCCAAGAUGUCCGACCACGGAGUGAUGUCCACAGCCUGCGGCACGCCAGGAUAUGUUGCCCCUGAAGUUCUGGCUCAGAAACCCUACAGCAAGGCUGUGGACUGCUGGUCCAUAGGAGUCAUCACAUAUAUCCUGCUGUGUGGCUACCCUCCCUUCUUUGAGGACAACGAGACACGUCUGUUCGCUAAGAUCAUGAGGGCCGACUACGCUUUCCACUCGCCUUUUUGGGAUGACAUCUCUGAGUCAGCGAAAGACUUCAUCCGGAACAUGAUGCAGAAGCACCCUAACAAACGGUUCACCACAGAACAGGCCCUCAGACACCCCUGGGUCAUUGGAAAGACAGUGAGGGAUCAGGACAUCUAUAAAUCAGUCAGCAUGCAGAUCCAGAGGAACUUUGCCAAGUCCAAAUGGAGGCAAGCCUUCAAUGCCACAGCAGCCAUCAAACACAUAAAGAAGCUGCAGUUGGCCCACGCCGACCCCGACGCCCCUCUCCCUCCCAUCCCUGCCAUAGCCAUCAACCCCUGCAACUCCCAGAAUCCCCUGCGGGGUGUCAACAACAUCACCACAGAGGAUGUUGACUCCACCAGCAACCUCCCGAUCCCAGUGUGUCACAUGACCCCCCCAGAGGCACAGUACCGGGGCCUGAGAGCCAGUCACAGCGAGCCCAUGCACGCGCCGGUCGUCAUGGAGACCUAUAACGCAGAGAAUUGCUCCUCAUUCACGGCAGCUAAGAGCUGUGACGCCAUGGACAGGGUGACCAAUAGGAAUGGCCAGACGAUGCAAACUGGGGUGUGUUCUGUCAUGUGAUUGGUUGAUUGGCCUGAGGAUUGUUUCAACUACGUCAAGUGUUUCUGCAGUGUUGAAGUCAAUAAGUUUGAGCCACUCCUUGCUGCUCUACAGGUGUCUGUCUGCUACCUCCUGCUGGUUCAUUUCUGUAGUGCUCUUCUGAGAUUUCCAGGGGCCCAUAGCAAGGACCCGGGGCCUGAACCUUCUCCAGAGGAGAACACAGGAAGACCUGGGGUUCAUACCCAAUUACAGUGCAGUACAUUUACACUCACGCACAAAUGUAUGCACUCACACACACAAAUGCAAACUUUAAUUUCUCUGACCCAAGCUACUGUCGAUGAAGCUUUAGAAGUGCACAUUCUGUCAUGCAGUACCAGUUUGGACACACUUACUCAUUCAAGGGUUUUUCUUUAUUUUGACUGUUUUCUACAUAGUAGAAUAAUAGUGAAGAUGUCAAAACUAUGAAAUAACACGUAUGGAAUCAAGUAGUAACCAAAAAAAGUGUUAAACAAAACUUGACAUUCUCUCAACCAGCUUCACCUGGAAUGCUUUUCCAGCAGUCUUGAAGGAGUUCCCACAUAUGCUGAGCACUUGUUAGCUGCUUUUCCUUCAAUCAUCCCAAACAUCUCAAUUGGGUUGAGGUCGGGUGAUUGUGGAGUCCAGGUCAUCUGAUGCAGCACUCCAUCACUCUUCUUCUUGGUCAAGUAGCCCUGUCACAGCCUAGAGAUGUGUUUUGGGUCAUUGUUCUAUUGAAAACAAAUUAUAGUCCCAGUAAGCGCAAACCAGGUGGGAUGGCGUAUCGCUUCAGAAUGCUGUGGUAGCCAUGCUGGUUAAGUGUGCCUUGAAUUCUAAAUAAAUCACUGACAGUGUCACCAGCAAAGCAUCAUCACACCUCCUCCUCCAUUCUUCACAGUAAGAACUACACAUGCAGAGAUCAUCCGUUCACCUACUCGGCGUCUCAGAAAGACACAGCGGUUGGAAACAAAAAUCUCAAAUUUGGACUCAUCAGACCAAAGAAAAGAUUUCCACCGGUCUAAUGUCCAUUGCUCGUGUUUCUUGUCCCAAGCAAGUCUCUUCUUCUUAUUGGUGUCCUUUAGUAGUGGUUUCUUUGCAGAAAUUUGACCAUGAAGGCCUGAUUCACACAGUCUCCUCUGAACAGUUAAUGUUGAGAUCUGUCCGUUACUUGAACUCUGUGAAUAAUUUAUUUGGGCUGCAAUUUCUGAGGCUGGUAACUCUAAUGAACUUAUCCUCUGCAGCAGAAGUAACGCUGGGUCCUCAUGAGUGGCAGUUUCAUCAACUUUCAAUGUAAAUGCAUUCCAGGUAACCACCUGUUGUAGAUAAUUGUGGUUUGCUCCAACACACCUCAUUUACAUUUACAUUUAAGUCAUUUAGCAGACGCUCUUAUCCAGAGCGACUUACAAAUUGGUGCAUUCACCUUAUGACAUCCAGUGGAACAGUAGUGCAUCUAAAUCUUUUAAGGGGGGGGGGGGGGGGGUG